GAACAAAAGUUCUUUGUGAGUUAUGAGUUCGCCAGUCAGCUAAUAAGAAGUCUCACAAUAGAAUGACAAUAGCAACCUCGUGUAUAAUGUAUGUGAUUUUGAAGUAAAAGUAUGGACAUAAGAUGACCACUUGCAGUAAACCUAAAUCAAUAAUAGGCACAGCACAUUUUAUCAGCACACAUCGGGCCUUUCACACCAAUUAAAAGAUUCUUCCAACUUCGAGGUGGAUGCCAGCUGGAUCAUGCGCGCCACCACGCUGGAAGAGCCCAGCCCUCAACACCAGGAGCGAGAUAUGCGGCCAAGUGCUGCGGGUGGAGGCGGGUACUACGACCGACGAGUUGUCGUGAGUUUCCUCGAAUCUCUUCACUUUUACUCUUCCACUGCAUCGACGACGGUCACGAGCAGACCGGGCAGCAGCAGUCAGUCUAAUCAUGACUUCCAAACUAAAUGGCGGCCUGGAAUCGAAAGAUGGGCAUCAGCAGGUGCAAAUGCAUCCACCGCCGCCGUCACGCAACAAACCAAUCCGCCUCAAAAAUCAUUCCGCUGUCAUCGAGUCGUACGACAGUCUCUACCGCACAGCCAAUCCGGAGAGCGGAUGCGGAUCGCAAGUUUGUCGGGCGAGUAUCUGGCACUUGACGGACCCGCGUCUGUCUUAUCCAACACCCCGGGAGCUACUACCCGAAGAUGAAGAAGCCCUUCUCACUUCCGCCAAAGAAUUUCUCGAACAGUAUUAUUCAUCUAUUAAAAGGUUGGACACGGAAUCACAUCGAGCCCGAUGGGAAUCUGUACGUCGGGACGUUCACCUGACCGGCACCUACGACCUGACUGAGACGGAAUUGACGUUCGGCGCAAAACUCGCCUGGAGGAAUUCAGCCCGCUGUAUCGGCCGCAUCCAGUGGGCCAAACUACAAGUGUUUGACGCACGUCACGUCACCACGGCACAGGGCAUGUUUGAAGCUCUUUGUAACCAUAUCAAAUACGGGACAAACAAAGGCAACAUUCGUUCGGCUGCGACCGUCUUCUGCCAGCGAAAACCGGGCCAGGGUGAUUACCGCAUUUGGAACGCCCAAUUGAUCAGUUACGCAGGUUAUCGGAAUAUGGAAGAUGGCACCGUCAUAGGAGAUCCUGCGACGGUGGAAUUCACCGAAGUGUGUCAAAAAUUGGGAUGGGUCGGAGCGGGAACGCGAUUUGACUUGCUGCCUUUAGUCAUUCAAGCUAGUAACCGUCUCUAUCCGGAAGUCUUCACCCUUCCGCCAGAACUCGUCAUGGAAGUGCCACUCCAUCACCCGACGUACGAUUGGUUCGCCGAGCUCGGGCUUCGCUGGUAUGCCCUUCCAGCUGUGUCCAGCAUGGCCUUUGAUUGUGGUGGACUCCAGUUUACGGCCGUGCCCUUCAACGGCUGGUACAUGACCACCGAGAUCGCCACUCGCGAUCUGGGCGACACGCAUCGAUAUAAUCAACUUGAGAUUGUGGCUAAGCGAAUGGGCCUGGACACUCGGACGCACUCCAGCCUGUGGAAGGAUCGGGCUGUCAUCGAAAUCAACGCCGCCGUUCUCUACAGCUAUCAGAAAAUGAACGUGACUAUCGUCGAUCAUCACACAGCUUCCGAAUCUUUUAUGAAACAUAUGGAAACGGAGUUUCGACUAAGAGGCGGCUGUCCAGCCGAGUGGGUCUGGAUCGUCCCACCAACCUCCGGUUCUCUGACGCCCGUUUUUCAUCAGGAAAUGGUUUGCUAUUCCCUCAAGCCAUCGUUUGAAUAUCAGGAGGUGGCUUGGAAGAAUUUCCAGUGGGAUGAAGAAGACACGAAUACCGGCUCGGCGUUGGGGUUGCUGGCCGUCGGACGAAGUGCGGGAGGACGUCGUGUCAAGUAUCGUUUCAAGGAGGUUGCACGGGCCGUCAAGUUCACUUCGAAUCUUUUCGGCAAAGCCCUGCAGCGUCGUAUCAAAGCCGCCAUCCUCUACGCCACCGAGACGGGCAAAUCAGAAAAGUACGCUCACAUGCUGGCCGAGCUCUUCAACCACGCUUUCAAUGCACAAGUCAUGUGCAUGGCGGAUUACGACGUCAUCAAUCUUGAGCACGAAGCGCUGGUGAUGAUCGUGACGUCGACGUUCGGCAACGGAGAUCCACCGGAGAAUGGAGAGGCGUUUGCCCGUGAAGUGCGCGGAAUGGCCAACAACCACCACUCACAUCAUCCCAUAGCUACUCAACCUAAAUAUCAACUCGGUUCUUCCAAGACCGGCACUCCGCUUCUUAAUCGAGUUCUCAACCGCGAUCAGCAUAGCUUGCGCAGUUUUUCGUUCGAUCAGCUUCAACAAUCCUCGGUCGACAGUCUCGGACCUCUAAGUAAUGUCAGGUUUGCCGUGUUUGCUUUGGGAUCCAGCGCGUAUCCAAAUUUCUGUGGUUUCGGCCUCUACAUCGAUGAUCUACUUGGAAGCCUCGGCGGCGAGAGGCUUGCCUCCGUCAUUUGCGGCGACGAGUUGAGUGGCCAGGAGCAAACUUUCAAAUCAUGGGCCCAGCAAGUCUUCCACACGGCUUGCGAGACUUUUUGUUUGGAAGACGACGUCAAUAUAGACGACGUCAGUGCCACAUUGCGCAGAGAUCUUAUUACUUCGGACACGGUUCGCUUCGCUAUCGUCAACUCCCAGGAGAAACCAAUCCUCGAUAUUGUUGCAGGCUUGUCGCAGACGCACGCCAAGAACGUCACCGAAUGCCCUGUCGUCUUUAACGUGACGUUAGCAAAGGACAUUGAUGGUCGUAAAACUGUUCACGUUGGACUGAAAAUCACCAGCCAGUGGAUCAACGGAACUCGCAACUCGGCGACGUCGGCGGUCACCUACGAGCCGGGUGAUCACGUUGGCGUGUUCGCUGUCAACGACCAGGCCCUAGUGACUGGACUGAUUGAUCGACUUGGCAUCAAUUCUACCCUGCCACCCGACGGCCCUCUCCAGCUGCAAACACUUGCAGAGCAGAAAGUAGAUGGUGGGAAAACGUGGCAGAAUCAAGAACGCCUGCCAGCUUGCAGUUUUCGGACGCUCUUGUCCCAUUAUCUGGAUAUCACAACUCCGACGUCACAGACCCUUCUGGCCCUGCUUGCAGCUCACGCCUCUUCCGAGGAAGACAAGCGACGCCUCCAGCUUCUUGCAACCGACGCUAGUGAAUACGAAGAUUGGAAACACUGGGGCUUUCCUCAUCUGCUAGAAACUCUUUUAGAAUUCCCUUCAGUUGCCAUAGACGCUGCUCUACUCGUGUCUCAACUUCCUCUACUUCAACCUCGUUUCUACAGUAUCUCCUCAUCUCCGCUGAUCGAUCCACUCCAAAUCGAUAUUACCGCAGCAGUCAUCGCCUUCAAAACGCAAGGUGGCGAAGGUCCCAUGCAUUACGGCGUUUGCUCCAGUUACCUGUCUCAGUUGAACGAAGGCGAUAAAAUCCAGUGCUUUUUUCGCAGCGCACCCAAUUUUCACUUACCUACCGAAAUUGAAAGACCAGUGGUUAUGGUCGGUCCGGGUACCGGUGUGGCUCCCUUCCGUGGCUUUUGGCAACACAAACAAGCCCUUCAAUCGAAAGGGAAGGAGAUGGGGCCCAUGCUGUUGUUCACGGGCUACCGUUCUCCGGAUUGCGAUCUGUUCGUCGAAGAAAAAUCGACCAUGGUUGCCUCGGGAAUUUUAGACUACGCCUUUUUGGCUCUAUCCCGCCACCCGCCCGUUCGCAAGACUUAUGUCCAAGACAAGUUGCUGGAAGCCGCUCCUCUAGUUUAUCGAAUGUUGACUCAGCAAAUGGGUCAUUUUUAUGUGUGUGGCGACUGCGCGAUGGCCGAAGACGUAGCCAGCACUUUGCGAAUGGUGUUUCAGAAAGCCGGCAGUUUGAAUGCCGAAGAAUCGGAUGACUUUCUCAUGCAACUGCGAAACGAGAGGCGUUAUCAGGAGGACAUUUUUGGUAUCACUUAUCGGGCGCCCGACACGGUCAAUGCCAACAGACGUCAGCAAUAAAUGACACCAAUCUUCACAACACACAAACAAUUUUUACUCCUUUAAGUGUUUUCCCCCUCAAAUAUCGGAAAUUAAUCAUUUCAUUCUGAUUCUCUGUCUCUCUCAGUCUUUCUCUUCUCGGCAGACGUCUAUUUUUCCUUUAUUCUAUUUCAACUGCGUUCACUAUUGUCCAUCUUUCAAUUCGAGUUUUCAUGCACUUCUUCAGAAAGCAUUUUCUUUCGCCAUCAACUUCAAUAUUUAUUGACAUUUUUCUCUACUUGGUCUGUUAUUCGUUUGUAAUUUUCGGUGCUGCUGACUCUUUUCUUUCCAGUUAUGAAGGCGACGCAUAAUGGGAUGUUAUAUCAGUUUCUAUUUCAAACUUUUAGACAACACCGCUUCAAAUUAUUUACCGAUCUCGAAUGUUACAUAAUUUUUUAUUGGUAGAUUAUUUAGCUUGAUUUGAAUUAUCGCUAGAUAUAAAUUAAUCGGUCUAUGGUUUUGUAAUUAUUCUAAUAAACUCUUAUGAUGGUG